AUGUAUUCCAAAAAGUUAGAUUCCGACACAAUCAAACCCGCUCUCGUCGGAGUCGACGAAGAGGUAGUCGAAGGCCACUCAGACCAAAUCAAUCUGGAAAAGGACUCCGAGAAUACAAAUGAAGAGUUCAGCUAUGAGUCGCACCGCUCUCCAUUCCCUGAAGUUAGGGCUGUCGUCCCCGAGACGGAUGACCCUAGCAUGCCAGUCAAUACGGUGCGGAUGUGGCUCCUAGGCAUUGUUUUCACUAUGCUCGGAUCUGGUAUCAAUCAGUUCUUUUCGCUGCGCUAUCCGUCGGUUCAUAUUGUGGCCCUAGUAGCAGAGCUACUUGCCUAUCCGAUCGGGGUGUUCCUGGCCAAAACUCUUCCUCUCACAUCCAUCCGACUCGGGCCUUUGGGCACAUUCGUUGUCAACCCAGACAGGUCGUUUAAUAUCAAAGAGCACGCGCUUAUCGUGAUUAUGAGCAAUGUGUCCUUCGGGUAUGCUUCAGCGGACGCGACAAACAUUAUCCAGGCUGCCAGCAAGAACUUCUACAAUUUCAAUCUCAAGCCCGGCUUCUACGUGCUCAUUGUUCUCGUCGCACAACUUCUUGGGUUUGGCGUCGCGGGUCUCGCAGCUCCAUGGCUCGUCGAGCCGGCUCGCAUCGUCUGGCCAGGUGUAUUAUCCAACUGUGCUAUGCUAGAAACGUUGCAUUCGCGAGCGAACUCGAUCGCAGAUGGAUGGCGCAUAACCCGUCUCCGAUUCUUCAUGUACGUUAUGACCGGUGCCUUUGUCUGGUAUUUUUUCCCCGGUCUUAUAUUCACUGCGUUAUCCUAUUUCACCUGGGUCUGCUGGAUCGCACCGAAGAACGUCAUCGUCAACCAUCUCUUCGGCAUGCAGACAGGUCUCGGUCUAAGUCCAAUUACCUUCGACUGGAGCCAGAUUGCCUACAACACCAACCCGCUCCUAUCACCAUCAUGGGCUGCGUUGAAUGUCUUUGCUGGCUUCGCGUUCUUCUACUGGAUUGUCACACCCGCCCUUUACUACACCAAUACCUGGUUCACAGCUUAUCUCCCACUCAUGACAGCCGACGUGUACGAUAACACGGGCGCCAUCUACGACACGGCUCGAGUCAUUUCUGCGGAUAAUACUCUAGAUACAGUGGCUUACCAAAAGUACUCGCCUCCAUACCUGAGCGCAACGUUUGCCUUUGUAUACGGACUUUCAUUUGCUGCCAUAACCUCAGUCCUCUCGCACAUCGCCCUCUGGCAUAGUCGCGACCUGUGGGCUGCUCUCAAAGGCCGGAAUAAGCUCGAUAUUCAUGCUCGGCUCAUCCGUGCCUCGUACCGGCGGACCCCGUGGUACUGGUACGCUGGCAUUAUCGUGGUUAUCAUGGCAAUGUCCAUCGCGAUGGUCGAAGUCUAUGAGACUAAGCUUCCCGUUUACGGAGUCUUUCUAGCCUUGAUCAUCCCGGUUGUAUACAUGGUUCCCUGCGGUAUCGUACAGGGCAUUACGAACGUGGAUGCGAAUCAGCUGAAUGUUCUGGCCGAGUUCAUUGGUGGAUAUAUGUUCGAAGGAAAGCCACUCGCCAAUAUGAUUUUCAAGAUCAUUUCCACGGAUGUCGUGGGACAGGGUGUUUACUUCUCCAUGGAUAUGAAAUUGGCUCAUUAUCUGAAAGUGCCGCCACGUACCUGCUUUGUAGCGCAGUUUGUGGCAACUAUCCUGGGCGCACUCACACAGGCCGGCGUUACACUUUGGAUGCUUGGUAAUAUUUCGGAUAUUUGCGAAUCUGGCCAGACGGAUGGGUUUUCCUGUCCAAAUGGUCGGACUGUCUAUUCUUCAUCUGUUAUUUGGGGUCUUGUUGGGCCCCGUCGGCUUUACUCCGUGGGCAAGAUCUAUUCCCCUCUGUUGCACUUCUUCUGGAUCGGUGCUGUCGCUCCAGUUGUGACUUUCCUCCUCUACCGUUAUACUAGACGCCAGUUUUGGAAGUAUAUUAACUGGCCUCUCAUUUUCGUCGGAACUUACAACGUCCCACCUGCGACCGGAAUUAACUAUUCCAGCUGGGCACUGGUCAACUUUGCCUUCAAUCACUUUAUUAAACGCCGAUUCUUUGCUUGGUGGACCAAGUACAAUUAUAUCUUGGCAGCUGCCCUUGAUACAGGUCUUGCCCUCAGUGGCAUUGUUAUUUUCUUUUGCAUCUCGUACCCUGGUGCCACUUUCCCUGACUGGUGGGGGAAUAACGUGUACUUGAAUACUGCCGACGCCCAGGGUGUACCAUACAAGUCGAUGCCAGCUGUCGGGUAUUUUGGGCCUGCUAAUGGGACGUUCAGUUGA